CAUCUGACAUGACAUGAGAGGCAAUAUUGCGGAAAAUCCGCAAGAGUGAGAAAAUGUUCGAUUUUCCCACGAAGAAAACAGCAGAAUCCAAACAAUUAGACUGAAAAUUAGGUCAUUUAAUUGUGUCGGCCGUAUAAUGAUACCGACCCCGUUGGCUGUCAUUUUUUUAUUUAAGUUCCUUGGGGGGGCACACUGAAACACAAUUGGGAACCUAAAUGCCGCCUGGGGGGCGGCAUACUAAGAAGGAGUUGUGCGAUGCUCAACCUGACCCAAGAGGUAGGAGCAUGGGAUACAGUCCUGCUAGAUCCCCUCACUGAAGACACUUUUAUUGGGAAUCUUCAGCAAAGAUUUCGGAGAGAUCAUAUUUACACUUAUAUAGGCAAUGUCCUGAUUUCCAUUAAUCCCUUUAAAAAAUUGGCUCUUUAUUCUGCGGAUCUUGUGAGCAAUUAUGUGAGGAGGGCCCCUUUUCAGUUACCCCCCCAUAUUUAUGGGGUGGCAGAAUCAGCUUAUAGAUCCCUUACAGAUAAAGGGGAGAACCAGUGUAUUAUUGUGACAGGUGAAAGUGGAUCAGGGAAGACAGAAGCGGCCCGAAUAGUGCUUCAAUUCUUAGUGUUAGUAUCAGGAAAUGCACCGGAAGUUAAACGAAUAAAAGACAGUCUGGUUCAGGCAAACACUUUACUAGAGGCAUUCGGGAAUGCUAAAACAAUGAGAAAUGAUAAUGCUUCCAGAUUUGGCAAAUUUUUAGAUAUCGAGUUUGAUUAUAAAGGGGAUCCCAUCGGUGGACAUCUGACCAAUUAUUUCUUGGAUAAGACUAGGGUAACCACUUUGGGAACAAACGAUAGGAAUUUCCACAUUUUUUACCAGCUUUUGAGUGGGGCCGACAUUCAUCUUUUGAAAUGUCUAAAACUGCAAAGAAACGUCGAACAGUACGCCAUCCUACAAACCGAAUCCCACCACCCUACCGCCACCGAAGAAGACGACAAAAAACUGUUCGUUUACACCAGAGAAGCCCUAGAAGUCCUCGGGUUCACCAGCACCGAUAUUGUUCAUAUUUUUAGGGUCUUAGCUGUUAUUCUGAAAUUAGGUAAUUUACAAUUCGUGCCUUGCAAUAAUAUAGAUGGUACAGAUGGAUGUUCCGUGAGCAACGACUAUGAGCUGUUUGAGGUUUGCGAGCUGCUUUCCGCCGACCACAGAUGGAUCCAAAGGAUCUUAACGUCAAAACAGAUCGAGGACGGUAUUAUGGCCGAUUUGGGUUCUAUCGAGGCCUCUAGGUUGCGUGAUUUAUUAUGUAGGACUUUGUAUAGUCGAUUGUUCACGUGGCUGAUUAAUAGGAUCAAUGAGACUAUUAAGGCGAAGUCUUUGGGAAAAAGGAAAUUCUUAGGGGUGCUGGACUUGUACGGUUUUGAAUCUAUGAAAAAUAACAGUUUCGAGCAGCUGCUGAUCAACUAUUGUAACGAGAAACUGCACCAAUUUAUGAUUAAUAUAUGCCUUAAGGAGGAGCAAGAGGAAACCGUUAGGGAGGGUAUCGAGUGGACCAAAAUAGAGUAUUUUAAUAACAUAAGUAUUUGUCAAUUGUUAGAAAACGAGAACCACGGGAUCUUAUCGUUGUUGGAGGAGUCGCACGUAGAAACGGACGAGAGCUACUUGACCAGGUUGGAGCAGUGCUGCUCCGGCCAUACCCAUUGUCUCAUAGACGAGGUCAACGCGCCAAACUGUUUUCAGGUGCGACAUUUUGCCGGCCCGGUUACUUAUAAGAUUCAAGGGUUUAUCGAGAAGAAUCGGGAUUGUUUGCCCAAGGAACAUUCGAGGGCGAUGUUUAGGUGCGACCUGGGCAUCAUGCAAGAGCUGUUUCCAGAAGGAAAUCCGAAAAGGUGUAGCAUAAAGAAACCGUCAAGCCAAGCGUCCCAAAUCCAAGUAUCCCUUAAUGCCCUCCUAAAAAACUUGGCAGGAAGACAAAACAGUUACAUCAGAUGUGUCAAACCGAACGACCUAAAACAGCCAAAGAUAUUCGACAUAAGCUUAGUGCAGCAUCAGGUGAGAUACAUGUGCCUUUUAUCGACCGUCCAAAUAUGGCGGGCGGGUUUCUGUCAGAAAAUCCCGUUUAUUCAGUUCUUGUGCCGCUACAAGAUGUUGUGCGCCCACACAUGGCCCAAGUGGCGCGGAUCGCCCAUCGAGGGGGUCGGAAUGCUCCUCCGGAGUUUACCAAUACCCAGUGCCGAGUUUACUUUCGGUCGUACUAAACUGUUUAUCCGAAGCCCCAGGACCGUUUUCGAACUGGAAGACUUUAGGAGAAAUCGACUGCAGGACUUGGCCCUGCUCAUACAGAAAACGUGGAGGGGCCACGUGCUGAAGAAACGCUAUCGGAAAAUGAGGGACAGUCAGAUGAUUAUCGCGUCCGCUUGGAGGAGCUGGAGGGCUAGAGAGGAGUACAGGAUACUGAAACACCGGAAACAAGUGGAGUGGGCGGCCAGGGUUAUACAAAGGCAUUACAUUCAAUGGAAACGCAGACAAUACAUUUUAACCUUAACGGACCGACUGCCGGCCGAUAGUGAUUCGCCGUUAUGUCGCGAAUGGCCGCCCUGCAUGACCCGUCUGUCUGAAACCAGCGCCCUCCUGAAGAAAAUCCACCACAGAUGGCGCUGUCACAAGUACAGGUUAUCGUUCGACCAGACCGCCCGCAAUCGGAUGCGAGAAAAGGUCACCGCCAGUUUCAUUUUCAAAGACAGAAAGUGUUCAUAUCCCCGCAGCGUGUCGCAUCCUUUUCUGGGCGACUACGUGCGACUGAGACAGAACGUCCAGUGGAAGAAGAUGAGCCUGGAGAACAACGACCAAUACGUAGUGUUCGCCGAUAUUAUUAAUAAAAUCGCUCGGAGUAGCGGAAAAUUUGUUCCUAUUCUGUUGGUGAUAUCGACCAGGUCGAUGUUGAUUUUGGACCAGAGAACCUUGCAAAUAAAAUACAGAGUACCUGCGACGGAGAUAUACAGGAUGUCUCUGUCACCUUACCUGGAUGACGUGGCUGUUGUGCAUGUUAGAGCGUCGUCGCUAGUGAACCCGGAAACGUCGAGCGUCGCCUCCGACAGUCCCGGUUGUUUGUUCCAGAGCGACCUCAGCAAGAAAAAGGGCGAUUUCGUCUUCCAGACCGGCCACGUCAUCGAGAUCGUCACCAAGUUGUUCCUGGUGGUCCAGAACGCCACCGGGAAACCGCCCGAGGUCAAUAUUACCACCGAGUUUGAAGCGAAUUUUGGUUCCCAAACGGUAACUUUCACCUUCAAAUGUGGCCUUCCGGAGGUGCAGCCGGGCCAAAUAAGGGUCCUAAGGAAGGCGAACAAGAUGGAGGUGCUGGUGUGACCUCAGCGCCGGCUGUCCAAGAAACAUAUCCACCACCGAACCAGCAACUUUGCCACUGCCAUUUCCAACUAUUUAGGUUUUGUUUUUCGUUCUUUUUUUUUUUAGCACAAUUAUCGUUUGUUGUUGAUUGUUCUUAUAUAGUUAUAUAGACGGUUUUUGAUUUAAUUAAGACAUUUUUCAAGUGCCAAUAGGAAAUGAAAUAAUAUUUACAAAAAAAAAAGUUUAUAGUGAAAGCAGAGUUUAUCAAAUUUCAUAGUUUAGAAACAUAGGGGUGACCAUUUGGUUUAUGGAGUUUUCUUUGUUUUGAAAGUUGUCGUUGAAAUUUUAGCUAGAUGGAGUUUAAUUCCCGUGUUACUUAAUAAUGCAAUAAACCAGGAGUUUAGUUGAUAAUUUUAACUAUUAUAGCAAUACCAGUAAAAUCAAAUUAAUAAAAAGUAAUGUUAUAUUUUUAAAAA